CACAGACACUUUUCUGAAGACAUUUGCUGGUGCACAACCCUUCUGCAGGAAAAUGGCUGAAAACAUAAAUUCUACGGGCCCCAACGAUCACUCAACCUUGGAUUAUGAUUAUGAAACUGAAAUAUGUAAUAAAACCAGCAUCAUAAAGUUUGGAGAGAUCUUCACUCCAGUGUUUUUCUCCAUUGUGGUGAUCCUCAGUCUGUUCGGAAACAUCCUGGUCUUUGCGAUUCUGGUCAAGUUUGAGAAUCUCAGAUCCCUCACCAACACGUUCAUCUUGAACCUGGCUAUAUCGGAUCUCCUCUUCACCACGGGUCUGCCCUUCUGGGCCUACUACCACAUGCACGGAUGGGAUUUAGGGGAGGAGGCAUGCAAAAUAGUCAACUUCAUCUUCUACCUUGGCUUCUACAGCAGCAGUAUCCUCCUCAUGUUGAUGACUGCACACCGCUACAUAGCUGUCAUGAAUCCUUUGUCUGACAUCGUGUCCACCACGGGCUCCUACUCCGUCAUAGCAUCCGUGGUGAUUUGGGUAGUGAGUUUCCUCAUUGCCAGUCCAGCCUUUAUCUACACUGAAGUCAAGGAUUCAAAUCAAUGUGUGUUUAAGGAUUCAAAGUGGACCCUUUGGGCCACCUACAAGCAGAAUGCCCUCUUCUUACUGAGUUCAGUGGUGUUCAUAUUUUGCUAUUCUCAGAUCAUGUGCAGGUUGAUGCGUCCUACUGCCCAGAGAAGACGACACAAAACUUUAAAGCUCAUUUUCACUCUCAUGGUUGUUUUCUUUGUAGAGUGGGUGCCUUACAAUGUAGUAAUAUUUCUGCAGUCGCUGUACACAUUUAACGAGUAUGGUGACGAUCUGGACGAAACGUGUGAAAGACACAAAAGACUGGAUUACGCCCUCGCCUUUAGCCGACUCUUCGCCUAUUCACACUGCUGCCUUAACCCUGUGUUUUACGUGUUUGUGGGGGUUAAAUUCAAAAAUCACUUGAAGAAAAUGCUGAAGAGCCUGGGCCGCCGCAGCAGCAGAAACAGCAGCUGCAGCACAAGCAGUCGACCAAACCGGUUCACGGUCAUAUCAAUUACAAGCGGUGAAGAGUUCUCGAUGUAGCGUAAAAAAAAUAUGGGAAUUCACAAACUUUUCACGUCGCACGUACUUUUGUGCAAGACAUCGUUUAGAUCAGAGGUCUUCAACGUUUCCCCUACCUACUACAUGUGUUCUAUAUUAAACUCGGCCUGGUGCUAUUUAUAUAAGCAUUAUUAUUAUCGUUUUGCAUUCACUAUUAAGCAGAAGGGUGGCCGGGCAACUGCCAUGAUCAUAAAAAUACCUAACUAUUGUAUGAUUGUCAUAUAAAGGAAACAAAACCAAGCGAUCCAUUUUGGUCUCAAGGGAGCCAGCUGCACAGUUAGCUUCUCUUCUGCUAAUAUUGUCGCAUGCUUCUGGAUUUCACCCAGAGACUGAAUAGGCUCUCAAUUUGGUGAAGGGAGACACAGAUACAACCCAGGCUGUUUGAAAUAGCUCAAAAAGGCUGUUUACCUGCAGUUGGGGCGCUGGGGCUAACUACCUUUGAAAAGAUGAGUUUUUUUUUCUUUUAGAUUAACAGUUUUUAAACUUUUUCUCCUGAUUUCAACAGUGUUUUCUGCAAAGACUCCACAAGCAUCGAAAUGGGUAACUUUUGUACAUGUCAUUCACCCCUAAACAGCACAUGCUCAAACUAUGAAUAUUAAAAUACUAUUAAAAAUCUGGUAGCUUACACUAUUGCACAUGUUUACCUUAAUGAAUUCACCAUUUAGUUUAACAUGCUCUAAUGGGCACCAGCUGAAGAUGCUAAAGAAUGAGCAGUAAUUAUUAGCAUAUUAGCUUUGUGUGUUAGCUUUGUGUAAAAAAUCCUGCUGCAGUAUAAAUGCAUUCUCAUAGCAUUAAAUAACUUGCGUGCAUUUGUUCCUUAAUAGCACGAAGAUGUUCUCUAGACUCUUAGUUGUCGGAAUAAAAAGAAAUGGUGGCCGCUUUUUGAGUUAGCGGUUAACAAGUUGUUGUUUGGAUAAGAGGAAAAUGCAGUUUGACGCUGUCAAAAAGGCGAUAUAAUUCACGUAACCACAGCUAACAGCAGGGUUCAGUCUCUACUGACGCAUGCAGAUGGUAUCAUGAAAGGAGUUGUGCUACACACCAGUGGAAAUGUGUAGCUGAUGUACAGAGAAUAAGAACUACGGUGCUUUUUUCAUCCACUUUCCAACUUGUAAUUAAGUGUGAUUAAACCCAAUCAGAUUGUGCCAUUAUGUUACUACUCUGUUACUUUGACAUGCAAGCUGUUUUAAUUGCAUUUAAUUGACUGCUGUACAUUGUAUCAGUGAUAACACAACUCUUUGUAAUUCCCUUUAUUUUAAUAAUCAACCUUUUGAAUUGAAUUUGUUUAUGUACAGUAUGAGGAUUUUCGUCAGCCGCCUUCGUGUUUGUUUUCACACUGUAAUAUCACCAGCGUUAUCUCGUGCUUUGCAAUCAAAUAAAAGUUUCUGAUGAUA